AUGGGCAUUUUACUUUCAUGCACUAAUGCAUUAAUCUUUCCCAAUGUAAACACUCGCGGGUACAAUAGCACGAGAUCCAAUGACACAAUAUCUAAUGUCACGAGAUCUGAAAACAGCCUCAGAAUUCAAGCUCUCGGCAACUCGAUAACCUAUGGCUUUUUAUCUAGUGAUGGGAAUGGCUUUCGCCUUGGCCUUCGCGAUCUACUCACAUCUGCUGGAAACACCGUUCAAUAUGUGGGCUCGGUCCGAGCGGGCAACAUGAGUGACAAUUUCAAUGAGGGUCAUCCGGGAGCCAUCAUCUCAGAAAUUGCUGAAUAUGCGAAGUUAUCUCUUCCCGAGGAUCCAAACCUGGUUUUGCUUAUGGCCGGUACGAACGACAUGAACAAUUUCAACAAUGUUACUACAGCUCCAGAGCGACUCAGUGGACUCAUCGAUGAGAUUACUUCUGCAGUUCCGAAUGUUACUCUCAUAGUUGCUCAGCUUACCCCCGCUUCAAAUACUACCGUAAAUGCCGCAAUGGUCGCUUUCAAUUCCAAGAUACCCGAUAUCGUUGCAUCUAAAGUUGCCGCUGGCCAAAAGGUUUCCACAGUCAACAUGAUGGACUAUGUCACUGUGAAUGAUUUGGUAGAUGGACUUCAUCCAACAGAUUAUGGAUAUCAGCAAAUGGCGAAAGCAUGGUUCGCUGGAAUUCAGCAGGUACAGAAAAAUGGGUGGAUAGAUUCUCCAAUUUCCACCAACGUCACGCUGGCCCUUCAGACGGCGGUUGCAGCGAGUACUGGUACAAGCACUGGUAGCAGUUUCAGCGCCAGCUCCACUAGUACCCAAAACACCAGCACAACUAUGGGCAUCAGCAAUAGCAUGGCCUCUUCCAAAUCAGCCUCCGACCGAAGAUUUCAUAACCCUUCGAUUAGUACCGUGUUUCUUUUAGUUUUGGCCGCUCACUUUUUAUACGCCUAA